AUGAAGUUCUCUAUCGGUGUCUCCCUGCUGGCCACAUUGGCCGGUGCCGUCAAUGUGGACAUGGCCAAGCGCGACACGUCUCCUCUCAACGUCAAGCUCGAGGCCCUUGGCAACUCCGGUGUCAAGGCCGUCCUCACCAACACCGGUGACUCCGAUAUCAAGCUUUUCAAGACCGGCACCUUCCUCGACAAGUCCCCCGUCGAGAAGGUUGAGGUCUUCGCCGCCGGGAGCAAAAUCGACUUUGACGGCGUCCGCCUCCAGAUCUCCACCACCGGCCUGACCGAGGAGGCUUUCCAGAUCGUUGCUGCGGGUGAGACCUUCGAGGUUGAGUUUGAUGCUGCCGAGCUCCACGACCUUAGCAAGGGGGGUGCCGUCGACAUUGUCACUCAGGGUUCCUUCCUCUACGCCGAUGUCGACUCUACCGAGAUCGCCGGCACCAUCCCCUUUUCCAGCAACAGCGUCCAUACAGAAAUCAACGGUGACGAGGCCGCCUCCGUUCGUGCCGCUUUCCUGGCCAAGCGCACCAUCGUCCAGUCCGACUGCACCGGCACCCGCCGCACCGCUACUGUCAACGCCAUUAGCCGCUGCCGCGCUCUUGCCGCUGCUGCCUCGCAGGCCGCCGCCUCCGGCCCCGUCGCUCGCAUGACAGAGUACUUCAAGUCUUCGACGACUGCAACCCGCAACUCCGUUGCCACGGUUUUUCGCAACAUUGUGUCCGAGUGCGGAAGUACCACCUCUGGUGUGUCUCGCCAGUACUGCACCGACGUAUACGGUGCUUGCUCCAAUGGCGUCAUUGCCUACACGGUCCCGGCCCAGAACUACAUGGUCAACUGCCCCUACUUCUUCAACAACAUGGCCGCUGCUUCUUCAACCUGCCACGCCCAGGACCAGCAGACCACCAUUCUCCACGAGAUGACCCAUCUUCGCCAGAUCAAAGGCACUUCUGACUACGGUGGAUACGGAUACAACUUUGUUCGCAGCUUGAGCGCAGCCCAGAACUUGAACCAUGCCGACACAUACACCCUGUUCGCCCAAUCCAUCUACGCUGGCUGCUAA